UCAGCCCCGCAGGCCGGGCAUGGGCGGCGGGCCGGGCGGCAGCAUGAGCGCCCUGGGCAGCCCGGUCCGGGCCUACGACUUCCUGCUCAAGUUCCUGCUGGUGGGCGACAGCGACGUGGGCAAGGGCGAGAUCCUGGCCAGUCUGCAGGACGGCGCCGCCGAGUCCCCGUACGGCCACUCGGCCGGCAUUGGCUGUAGGACCACCACCAUCCUGCUGGACGGCCGCCGGGUGAAGCUGCAGCUCUGGGAUGCGUCAGGCCAGGGGAGGUUCUGCACCAUCUUCCGCUCCUACUCGCGGGGCGCACAGGGUGUGAUCCUGGUGUUUGACAUCGCAAAUCGCUGGUCUUUCGAUGGCAUCAAUCGGUGGAUUAAGGAGAUUGAUGAGCACGCCCCUGGUGUCCCUAAGAUCCUGGUGGGGAACCGAUUGCAUCUGGCCUUCAAGCGGCAGGUGCCCACAGAGCAGGCCCGGGCUUACGCAGAGCGCCUGGGGGUGACCUUCUUUGAGGUCAGCCCCCUGUGCAAUUUCAACAUCACUGAGUCCUUCACGGAGCUGGCCAGGACCGUGCUGCUGCGGCACGGGAUGGACCGGCUCUGGCGGCCGAGCAGAGUCCUGAGCCUGCAGGACCUGUGCUGCCGCGCGGUGGUAUCCUGCACACCUGUGCACCUGGUGGACAAGCUGCCGCUGCCCAUCGCCUUACGGAGCCACCUGAAGUCAUUCUCCAUGGCCAACGGCCUAAACGCCAGGAUGAUGCACGGCCGCUCCUUCUCCCUCACGGCCGGCGCUGCCCACACGAGGAAGGGCCUCCGCAAGGGCCUGCGGUCCCCACAAAGCCCCCCCCAAAACUGCCCGAGAAACAGCUGCAAGAUCUCUUGAGGAUGGCACCCAAAGCACAGAGCUGGGAUCUCCCAGGAAGAGGUGGAAGUUUCUGGAAUGCCUUUACAGUUGCUCGGAGCAGUGUGCUGGGUGCCUUGUGGGCAAGGAGGCACGUUGCGGCCCGACUGGUGCUUCUGUGGGGGUGUGCAUGCCUUCAACGUGUGUCUAAAAACA